AUGGAUGGGUUCGAUUUAUUGAUAAAGUGGUAUGAUUGGUAUAAUACCUUUGGUGAUGCAUUCGAUUAUAAAGAUUAAAAUAAUUGGUAACAAGAAUUAAAUGUUCAGGAAGAAGUAAAGGAAAUGGCUUAUUAAAACUAAGUAAGAUAGGUUAGAAAAGAAGAUAUUAUUGAUAUUGCAAAAAUGAAGAAAGAAAAGCUUGAAUAUGUUUACUGUAUUGACACAGCUAAAAUCAAGAAUAAAUAUGAAGGAUUAGAAACAGUUUAAGGUCCUUUGGAAGAUCAAUUUGAUGUAUAUGAGAAGCCUGACUUAUUUUAUGUAUUAGAUCAAGGAAAAAACUAUCUUUGCUUUGGAGGCGAGAAGCACGCUACUAUUCACCAUUACUACAUAAAGCAUCUUGAUGAUAAAAAGUAGUAUGAUUUUACAUUAUAAGCAGAAGUUAAGCUUCAAGAAGAAGCAAAAAACAAAGUAGAGUCUUAUUUCUAUUUCUUUUUAGAAGAUGAAGAGCUAAAAGUAAAGAUAUUAGACUAAAUGGAAAAUGAAGAGGAUGAAAUUGAAGUUUUUUUCUUGUAAACAUUCUCUCGUUAACCAGAGCUAACUAGAGUAGUUCUAAUUUAAAGGCAAUGGGUAUUUUAUUUAAACAAAGAUAAAACUAAUACUAAAGUUGUAGAGGUAAACGAAGAAAUUUAAAAGUUGAACGACAUAUACAAUAAAUGUAAACUUUAAAACAUUGAUCACUGUGAAUGGUUUAACAUAGGAGACAGAAAAUUAAUCUUUUCCUGUGAAGCAAACUAAUUUCCCAGUGCAAUUGAUCUGAAAAAUUAGACUAUAUACAGCUAUAAGUUAAAAGAAAAAAAAUAGAAAUUUCAGUGGAACAUGAUUGAGUCCUUUAAGUUUCCAUCAAAUUAUGCUGAUCCUAAAUAUAAUCAAGUCAAUGAAUUUACUUGCACAGAAAUACUUGAUAGAGAAAGUUUCGAAUUUUAAUAUAUUGCAUUCAAAUUCUUGAAAACUUUAGCAAAAAGAGAUCCUAGAUUGAUUGAAAUUCAAGCAACAAUUGACAUAAUGAAUUAAGAAAUUAGCUAGGUUAACUUAGCUUAGAUAAUAGAGAUAAAGAAAAUCUACAACAAGUAAAUUUAUUAAACUGUAAGAAGUGAAUUUGAAAGAAUGUUAUAAAAGCAUCCAUAGUUGUAAGGUCUUAGCUUAGUAAAGCAUCUUUUUCAUGGUACUAGGUAAACUGAUCCAUUUAAUAUCUACUCAUUUGAGAGUGGAUUAGAUAUGAGAUAUAGUGCAGUUGGGGCAAAUGGAAUAGGACUAUAUUUUGCAGAUAAUUCUUGUUAUUCUAAUGGAUAUGCUCAUAGUGCAAAUGGAAGGAAAUAGAUGUUUUUCUGUACAGUCAUAACAGGAUUAUCAUCAAGUUAAGGUGGAGGUUAAGCAGCAAGAAUGCCUGCUGCUAUACCAGGUAAGCAAGGUGUAUUAUACGAUUCAUUUAAUAAUGGAAAUGGAGGCCAUUAUAUUAUUUACGACAAUCAGAAAUCAUACCCUGGAUAUUUAAUUACUUAUUGA